UAUUAUCUGAUUGGCCUGCUCCCUGAUGAUUCCUAUGAUGCUUGUAUUGCAGGUCAGUGUAAUUAAAGGAACCUAUCUGGGAAUACAGCACAUGAGUCAAGAGACUGGAGGGAAAGGAGGAGUGAUUGUUAAUACCGCCUCCAUUGCAGGUCUGAUUCCUUUCUUCCGUGGACCAGUUUAUGCAGCCUCAAAGUAUGGAGUUGUGGGAUUCACUGCAUCAUUGUCUCUGACCUGCCUUGAGAAGCAUGGGGUUCGAUUACAAGCACUGUGUCCUGUUUUCGUCGACACUAAGCUUCUGACAGAUCUGAAAUCAGUGAAGGUUCCAGACCACAAGGAGAAACUUGAGAUGAUGAUAGCCAACCUUGGAGUUCUGAAAACUUCCCACAUUGCAGAGGGAUUCUUGCAGCUUGUCAUGGAUCAGACCAGGAAUGGGGCAUCGCUGAAGGUGUUGGAAAAUGGCAAGCUUGAGUAUGAAGCCAUACCGACGAUUCUUCCUGAAAAUCCAAAAUCUAUUUAGGGACCUCAAUGAAUUCAAGCAGCAGGUCACUGAGAACAAUGGAAACUUUAAACCUGUUCAAAUAUAAAAUGAUUAACAUUUUAAUUGUUGGUGAUGCUUUUGGUAUUUUCAUAUUAAAUUGUGGUUAUAAAUCAGAACUGA